AACUGGUAAUCUAGCGGUCAUUGUCGCAAAGUGACAAUUGACAUUUGUUGUCAAGAUGGCACGUCAGCAGCAGGACGUUGAUGAACUUUUCGAUGUUAAAAAUGCUUUUUAUGUUGGAAACUAUCAACAAGCGAUCAACGAGGCACAAAAUGUGAACCCUUCUUCUCCCAUGGUAACUCUACAAAGAGAUUCUUUUCUCUAUAGAUCUUACAUUGCCCAAGGUAACUUCAGAAUUGUACUUCAAGAACUUAGAAGUGCCGACCCAAUGCUACAACCUCUUAAAAGCUUAGUGGAAUACUUGUCUCCUGAUGCUAAUAAGCCAGCCAUUGUGGCUGACAUUGACACUAGGGUGGCUAAGGGAACUGAGCUUACCAAUGAAGUAUUUUUAAUUGUCGCUGCUACCAUAUACUAUCACGAAGAAAACUAUGAAGCUGCCUUAAAAAUCCUCCAUGGAGCCGAGGCAUUGGAGCUGCGUGCAUUCACUUUACAAUGCCUGUUGGCUAUGAAUCGGCCAGACCUUGCUCGCAAGCAGCUGAAAGCAUUGCAAGAUAUUGAGGAUGACAGCACUCUUACACAAUUAGCUCAAGCUUGGCUCAAUUUGGCACAGGGUGGGCCUGGAGUACAAGAUGCGCACUACAGUAUAAUGGAAUUGGCUGAACGCCUCGGAGCCCUCGGCGCCGGACCCGCAGCUGUAGGCGCUGCUGCAGCCGCUUCCAGAGGCAUGUGGGAGGAAGCUGAGCAGAUGUUAACAGAGGCUCAAGCUCGAGCUCCACAACAGCCUGAGUUGCUCCUAGGUCUGGCCGUCACGGCUGCUCACAGCGGCAAGCCGCCUGAAGUAUCAUCUCGCUACCUCGAUCAGCUGUUAGAUUCACACCCUGAACACCCCUUCACUAAAGAGUACAACGCUAAGGCCAAUGAAUUCAAGCGCUUAGCUGCUCAGUACGAGCCAUCAGUUGCGAGCUAAACCAUUCCUUAUUGUAUGUGUCAUAGUGGAGAAUUUUAUUUGCAUUGUAUUCGUAUAUUAAAAUAAAUAUAUCUGUAUUA